GAUUGAUCUUAAGAGGCUAUUGAUUUUCCUUUAUAAAGCACGAUUCAAGUACUCUUCUUCUCAUCUCUCUCUCUCUCUUCUUUCGUUUCUCUUUGAUUUCAGUCUGCUACUUGUUUUUCUUUCUUUGAAAAUGGAUGAAUUUCUUAACAAUGUUAACCCUACUAAUGAUUCUCCUACCCCCAUUAGUCUCCUCCUUAAGCUUCACACAGUCAAGCCCUUUAAUUGCCCUUCUCUAAUGAAAGCUCUUUUUGGUAUUUGGUCGUCGCAGUGUCAUUUUCCUGUUUCUGUUUCUGAACAUGUCGAUGGUCUUUUCCUGGUCACCUUUGGGUGUGAGGGGGAUAAGGGUAGAGUUUUAAAAGGCCAACCUUGGCACUUUGCUCAAAGUAUUACUAUCUUUGCUGCCCCUGAGAGUUCCUUUCCCAUUACUCCUGAAAACCUUCAUUAUGUCCCCUUUUGGAUCCAAGUUUAUGGUAUCCCUUUUAUGUGUAAGUCAUAUGAGUUGGUUAGGUUCAUUGCUUCUGAAAUUAGUGAUCUUAUAGAGGUUGAUAAGGAUACGGUCAAGGAGGGUACUAGGCCGUACCUGAGAAUAAGGAUUCUCUUAGAUGUUAAUUUGCCUAUACGCAAAGGUAUGAAUAUCAGAUUCAUUAAGAGGGGAAGAGAGUUUGUCAAGUGGUUAGAUUUUAAAUAUGAGAGGCUUCCUGACUUUUGUUUCUUCUGUGGAAAGUUAGAUCACACUAAACGUUAUUACCGUGCUUACUUGCAAAAUGUGAUGAGAAUCAUACUGCUCCUACUUGUCCCUUUACCAUUCUUCUUAGAGGAAAAUAGAAGAUUUCAAAUAAAUCUAUACCUUUCCAGUAUCCUCAUCCUCCUGCCAUCACUAUGGUUGAGGUGGACCUUGUGUAAUAUCCGCUUUUCUUGAAGGGUAAUUAUUUUUUUUAUACUUAGUUUAUUUUGUUUACUAAUGGAGAUAAUUUAUCAUUUUGAAUAUUUAUGAGUUUAGUGGAGUAUGAGAUUUUUUUAGUGACAAUAAAAUUUCUUUUAUUUUUAUUUUAUUUUGAGGGUGUGUAUAAUGUUAGAUAAAUAACUAAACUAUAUUAGAGAUAAUUUAAUAUUUAAUUAUUUAUGAAUAGUAUUAUAGGUAUAUUAACAAUAAUAAUAUGGGUAAAUAUAUUGUAGCAUAUUUGUAUUUAAUUUAUUAUUAUUUUAUUAUUAUUAUUAUAGAUUAUGGUAUAUACAUACGAUACACUUUUUUAUAUAUAUAUUUUAUUAUUUUUUUAAAAAAAAAAAUUAAGUUAUUGAUCUAGGGUUAAGAUUAGAGUUUGGGAGUAUAUAUAGGAUGCUUAUGAGAUACUUUUAGGGUUUAGAACGCAUAAAGAAGUUGAAGGGAGGAGGCUGUGUGCAGAGAGAGAGAGAGACCGAUAGAGUUUCAUGUGAAGCUUAGAGAGAGAAAGAGAGAUUUGAGUUCUUGGAGAGCUAGGCUGUUUGGAGAGUUUUCAUUGGGUUUCUUAGGUUGUAAUUAGGGGUUUAAACGCAUUGAAACAGCCCUUGAACGCCCAGAAUGAAAUUCACCAUUUUCAUGCACAUUCAUCCACGUUCUUGAACAAUCUUGGAUUCAAAUGUGUUAGAGUCAUUUCUGGGUUAAAAUAAGAUUUUGUUUAAACUUAAGGGACUCCUAGAAGACGUUUUGACGUGAAGAAUCGAAGCUUUAAGGCCCCAAACAAAAAUUGCCAUUUUUGGCUCCAUGAUUGACGGUACACCGAAGUUGGAGAAGAUGACUCCGAUCUGACGCAUUAGGGCUGUUAUGUUGGGUAGUUCUUGAUUGUUUUGAGGUCAUUAGCAUUGUGGAAAGCUUCCCCAAUCGAAAGGACGCGUCCAGAGCAAUCGGGAACAAAGUUACACUUUGCUGGCGACAAAACCGACGUGAACGCCGACGACCACGAUCUGGGUAGUUUUGAGGAUCUUGUUCUCAACAAGGAAACUCAUUGAGGUGCUUGGAGUAGCAAGAAGGUGUUCUUAACAACUGAGGUAAGAAGAGUGGACAUCUAUGCACAGGGUGUAUAUUGAAACAUACAACUUUAUUGUGGGUUUGAUGUUCAUGUGUUUAUGAGAUUUUGUACUAUGGAUUGUUGUUUAUCCCCUAACAUGUAAUCCACACCUCGAGCUCGCCAUCCUCACUAUUCAGUUUUGUCUUUACCUGCACAUAGAGUACCCAUGAGCUAACGCCCAGUAAGAAGAGUUAUGUAGGACAUAACCACCCAACUAGAUAACAUAGCCAUAAACAUAACAAUAUC